AUGUCGGGAACCCGUUCGUACAUGUCGAACGACGACCACCACUAUAUCUGCAGCGAUGAAGUUGAUAGAGAUACGGCUUUGAUUGGCACAGCGCGCAGGCGCCGCACAUGCACGGGAAACAAAAUUGCCAUAUGCGUGCUGUCGUUAGCUGCAAUAGGAGCAAUCACAACUGGGAUUGUUUUGCUCAUUGUAAGAUCAACAAAGGAUCCUGAACCACCUAAAUUGAUGGGACCACGUAAAUUGGUGGAACAGCGUAAAGAAAUGUAUGAGGAACCGACACAACCGCAUGGGGGGUGUCUUACUUCAAGCGACCUUCUUGAGGAACUCAAUGCGUUUUAUGAACUCGGUGGGAUUGGCACCUACAACGAUGAAGAACUCUGUAGAUUUGUACAUUUUAAGCGCCUUGAAAAACGUUACAACAGACGUUACACUGAUGUAGCUGCUAGGCAUGCAGGAUUUCUCAACUUUAGACGCAACAUGGCCAUAGUGGAGGAACACAAGAAAAAGGCGAACGCAACUUACACGAAGGGACCGAACCACUUCUUCGAUAUGGAUGUUAAGGAAUUGGCUUCCAAGCUGUUACAUCCGAUUGAUGUGGGCCAGAAUUUCCAAGAGUAUGGGAGCCUUGGAGAGGUUAUCGUAACAAAGGAUAAUCAAGAGACAUAUUCACUCCUGAAAGGGCAUACCGAUGACCCAUACGCUGUUGAUGUUGGAUCGAAAGUAUCUUUCGAAAAUGUCAAUUGGCGUACGCCUGGUGCAGUGUCGCCAGUAAAGGAUCAGGGGCACUGCGGUUCGUGUUGGGCAUUUGCCGCCAUAGGUGCUGUAGAAAGCUUGUUCAGGAUGGAAAAGCAACAAUAUUUGACCUUCAGUGAACAAGAACUUGUUAGCUGUGACCUGCAAAGUAACGGUUGCGGUGGAGGAUUUAGCGAUUUUGCAUUGGAAUACAUUAAGAAAAACGGCGUUACAAGCUCUGAGGAUUGGAACUACGAGGCGAUUAAUGGCGAAUGUUCGGCACAUCAUGGCAUCAGGUAUUACAUUAAGGACUACGUGAGCGCUAGAGGUGCAAACGUAGCUUCCACGCUUUUGGUGCGCGCCCCCACAGUCGUUUACGUAGCGUUCACAGAGGAUUUGUUCCACUACAGCGGUGGUGUAUAUAACGGAGAAUGCCCAGAGGAGCAACUCAACCACGCAGUACUUUUGGUUGGAGAAGGCUACGAUGCCACGGUGAAGAAACGCUACUGGCUUAUCAAGAAUUCUUGGGGAAGCGACUGGGGAGAGGACGGGUUCAUAAGACUCGAACGAACAGACAAAGGUUACGAUAAGUGCGGCGUUCUAUCGUUCGGCUUUAUACCAACCGGCGCAGUGCUGGCCCACUAA